GUCAUUACGACGACGCAUACACCUCCAUUCUACAACGAUGGGUAAAAAGGGUGCAAAGAGCAAGAAGGGCGGCGAUGAUUAUUGGGAUGACGCUUUCGAGCAAGACGUCGACCCUAUCAAGAACGGACACGAUGAUGCCGCCGCUGCGGAAGACUCCGAAGUCGAGGAAGCAGGCGGCUUGAUGGCACAAAUGAAGAUCGCCAAGGACAAGAAGAAGAAGAGGGGCGGGAAGGCCGCCGCUGCGGUCGAGGACGACGAACCCCCCACUCCUGAGGAGCCUGCCGAGGAGGUCUCAAAAGCUCCAGUCGAGGUUACUGAGAUUUCCGAUGAUGAGUACUUCGCGCCCAAGAAGGGUAAGAAGGCCAAGAAGGGUGGAAAGCCUGCGACUCCUGCGGCUGAGGAGGAGGAAGAGGCGCCCGCGGCCCCGGCGGAGGAGUUCAGAGUCAAAACGAAGGCUGAGAAAGAACGUGAAAAGAAGGAGCGCGACAAGGCGAAGAAAAAGGCUCAGGCUGAGAAGAAGAAGGGUGGUGCUGGCGCUGCUAAGGCUGAGGCUACCGCCACUACUCCCACUGAGGAGAAGAAGGAGGACGACUCUGCCUCUGCUGGAGCCAAGAAGGGUGGCAAGAAGCUCCCCGCGCAUAUCGCCGCUCUCCAGAAAGCCCAGGAGGAGCGUCGUCGCCAGGAGGAGCUCCAGCGCCAGGCUGAGGAGGAGGAGAGGAAGCGUUUGGAGGAAAUCGAGAGACAAGAGGCUGAGGAGGAAGCGAAACGCGAGGAAGUCAAGCGCUUGAAGAAAGAGAAGGAGAAGGCGAAGAAGGAGCAGCUCCGUGCUGAGGGUAAGCUUCUUUCUAAGAAGCAGAAAGAGCAACAAGCCCAAGCGCAACGACGACUCCAGCAACUCCUCGACUCCGGUGUCAAGGUCGAGGGAUUAGCUGCUGAAGAGGAAGAGGAGAAGAAACCCAAGAAGGUCGUAUACACCUCUCGAAACAAGAAGAAGCAGGAGGAGGAAGCGAAGAAGAAGGCCGAUGAAGAGGCGAAGCGCAAGGUUGAAGAGGAGGCGAAGCGGAAGGCGGAGGAGGAGGCCAAGAAGGAGGGUGAGGAUGAGGAUGGGGACGAUUUGUUGGAGGAUUGGGAGGCAGCUCUCGGCAGUGAUGGUGAGGUUAAGGAUGCAUGGGAUGCGCCGUCUGAGGAUGAGAAGGAGGAGGCUACGCCUGAGGAGAUCACUCCUGAGGCCGAGGAGGAGGACGAGGAUGAUGAGGAUGAGGGCAGCGAUGAGGAUUCGAACGAUGACUCAGACUCAGACUCUGAUUCUGAUUCCGAUGACGACUCAUCUGACGAGGAGCAAUCCGCAAACCAGCGCAUGUUGGCCCAGCGUAAAGCCGAGGCAGCAAAGGCCCGCGAAGAACGUCACAAAUCCGCCAUGGCCGCCCGCUCCGCCGACAACCUCCGCUCCCCAAUCGCCUGUAUUCUUGGUCACGUCGAUACCGGAAAAACCAAACUCCUCGACAAAAUCCGUCAAACGAACGUCCAAGAAGGCGAAGCCGGAGGAAUCACACAGCAAAUCGGAGCCACCUACUUCCCGAUGGAUGCGAUUGUUAAGAAGACUGCUGUCCUUGACAACAAGGGUGAUUUCGAGUUCAAGCUGCCUGGGUUGUUGGUUAUUGACACACCUGGACACGAGUCUUUCACGAAUUUGAGGUCUCGUGGAAGUUCGCUUUGUAAUAUUGCGGUUUUGGUGGUUGAUAUCAUGCACGGUCUCGAGCCCCAAACUCUCGAGUCCAUCCGGUUGUUGAAGGAGAGGAAGACCCCGUUCAUCGUAGCUCUCAACAAGAUCGACCGUCUUUACGGCUGGGACCCUACUCCCAACGGCGGCUUCGAGGCAUCCUUGGCGAAGCAGAAGAAGACUGUCCAGAGGGAGUUCCAGGAUCGCUUGGAGAAGACGCAGUUGGCGUUCGCGGAGCAGGGUCUCAACUCCCAGCUCUUCUCCAAGAACAAGAAUAUGGCCAAGUAUGUCUCGUUGGUUCCUACUUCCGCGCACACGGGAGAGGGUAUUCCCGAUCUCUUGUUCUUGUUGUGUAAGUUGACGCAGGAGAGGAUGACUGGGCGUCUCAUGUUCGUCUCUGAGCUCGAGUGUACUGUGCUUGAAGUCAAGAUGAUCGAGGGAUUGGGAACGACGAUUGAUGUCGUCUUGGUCAAUGGUGUCUUGCAUGAGGGUGAUAAGAUCGUUGUGUGUGGUAUCAAUGGACCCAUCGUGACGCACAUCCGUGCGUUGUUGACACCCCAGCCGAUGAAGGAGUUACGUGUCAAGUCCGCGUACGUGCACCACAAGUCUAUCAAGGCUGCCAUGGGAGUCAAGAUUUCUGCGAACGAUUUGGAUAAGGCGAUUGCUGGUUCUAGGUUGUUUGUGUGUGGACCUGACGAUGAUGAGGAGGAGUUGAAGGAUGCUGUCAUGGAGGAUUUGCAGGAUAUGUUGUCUCGUAUUGACACUACUGACCGCGGUGUCUGCGUGCAGGCGUCUACUCUUGGUGCACUUGAGGCGUUGUUGGAGUUCUUGCGUACCUCUAAAAUUCCCGUCUCUGGUAUCAACAUCGGUCCUGUCUACAAGAAGGAUGUCAUGCGUGCCGGUGCGAUGCUGGAGAAGAACAAGGAGUUCGCAGUUUUGCUCUGUUUCGAUGUCAAGGUCGACAAGGAUGCUCAACACCUCGCUGACGAAGCCGGUGUCAAGAUCUUCACUGCGGACAUUAUUUACCACUUGUUCGACCAGUUCACUGAGUACCAGACUAAGAUGCUCGAGCAGAAGAGGGUGGAGGGUGCGGCGAUCGCUGUGUACCCUUGCGUGUUGAGGACCGUUGCUGUCUUUGCCCGUAAAGACCCUAUCUUGUUGGGAUGUGAUGUCGUCGAGGGUGCCUUGCGCGUGGGUACUCCCAUCUGUACCAUCAAGGAUGGCGAGGUUAUCUCCCUUGGUAACGUCACCUCCAUCGAGUCCAACCACAAGUCCGUCGAUGUCGUGAAGAAGGGUCAGGCUGGUGGUGGUGUCGCCGUCAAGAUCGAGGGACAGAACCAGCCCCUCAUUGGUCGUCAGGUCUCGGAUAAGGACCCGCUUUACUCUCAGAUCUCAAGAAAGAGUAUUGAUGUCCUCAAGGAUCCCGCGUUCAGAGAUUCCGUGUCAAAGGAGGAGUGGGCUUUGAUUGUGCAGUUGAAGAAGGUGUUUGGAAUCUUGUAG